AUGUAUGGAGGAGAGAUUCACUCACAGCCAGCUUACUCUUACUAUCCUGAUGAUGAGGUCCCUACAACCCAGCAUUUCUACAAAUGGAGCUCUCCACCUGGCAUCAUCAAGAUUAUGGCUAUCCUUAUUGUUGUCAUGUGUGUUGGCAUUUUUGCUUGUGUAGCUUCCACAUUACCAUGGGAUUUGGAUAUCACCGGACAAUCCAUGGGUUACGGCAUGGGAGGAUAUUCUGGAUACUCUGGGGGAUACACUGGCUAUGGAUUUGGUUCAUCUCAGAUGGGCUUGGGUUUUGCUUAUGGAGGAAAUUAUACUGACCCAAGAGCUGCCAAAGGAUUCAUCCUCGCCAUGGCGGCUAUUUGCUUUAUUAUUAGUAUGGUGGUGUUUGUGAUGCUUGUAACAAGGACCCAAAUUUCCACUACCAGGCGGUUCUACCUGAUUGUUAUCAUUGUCAGUGCGAUUAUCGGAGGAUUGGUCUUUAUUGCAACGAUCGUGUACACCAUAGGAGUGAAUCCUGUAGCACAGGCAUCUGGAUCUGCUUUUUACACACAGAUUGUGUCCAUAUGCAACCAGUUCUAUGCACCGGUCACAACUGGAGUUUUUGUGAAUCAGUACCUUUACCACUACUGUGUAGUUGAGCCACAAGAGGCCAUUGCCAUUGUUCUGGGUUUCCUGAUAGUGGUGGCAUUUGCCAUUAUCAUAUUUUUUGCUGUGAAAACAAGGAGAAAAAUUAGCGAAUGUGGAAAAAUGAACAUUCUUUGGAAAAAAGAAAAGUUUGAGGGAGAGGGAGAUCCUAACGUGGAAGAAUGGGUAAAAACUGUAUCGGCCAAUCCUGAAGCCAUACCUGCAAUGUCAGAAUACAACGAGAAGGUCAAUGGAUCCGUUAUGGAUUAUAGAAGUGUGAAUGGUGGGCAACCCUAUUCUGAUCACAACACUGGAUCACGCGUGAUCCCAGAAGAAGUACUUCCAGUAAGGAAUGAGUAUGGAUUUUCUCCAAAUGCUUACAGCAGCAGCUCAGAUGCAAGUAAGAAAGCUCCACCCGCCAUAAAAGACCAGGAAAAGCCAGGAGAUCUCCCAAUGAGAAUUAUGACACGGACUAUAACACAGGAGGAGAAUCUGGAGAGGAGCUGGAGGAUGACGACUGGGACAGUGAAUAUCCUCCUAUUACUGCAGAACCACAGAGACAAGAGUACAAGAGAGACUUUGAUUCAGGCCUGCAGGAAUACAAGAAGCUACAAAGUGAACUAGAUGAUGUCAAUAAAUCCCUAUCCAGGCUGGACAGAGAAUUGGACGAACAUCCAGAGGGGAGCCAGUCAUACAGGGCUGUUGCUGAUGAAUACAACCGUCUAAAGGACAUUAAAUCGUCUUCAGAUUUCAAGAACAAACGGAACCGCUGCAGACAGCUCAAGACCAAACUAAACCACAUCAAAAGUAUGGUCAGCGACUUUGACAGCAACAAAUAG